UAUUCCGGCUGGCUUCACACUGGUGUGGAAAAGAUGGCUGCUUCGGCGGCAACGGCGAGUUCUUCCCCCGGUUUGUGUCCAAAUUACGCCGUGAUUUGCUCUUUCCUGGAGCGCUACGGAGCUCUGUUGGACUUACCGGAGCUCACCUUCCCGCAGCUGGAGAGAUAUCUACGGGACACAUCCUCAGCUGAGGCCGUUCCAAAGCUGCUCGUUGAUCUUCACGUUAAGUUGCUGAGGAAAAUCGGCAAAUCUGUGUCAGCGGACAGAUGGGAGAAAUAUCUACUGAAGGUAUGUCAGGAGUUGAACCCAACGUGGGCAUGGGAGUUCGAGCAGAACGGAUACAAAGAUCUGUCGACAGAGUGCAAGACGGGGUUACUUAAAUAUUUGUGUGAGUGUCAGUUCGAUGACAAUGUUAAGUUCAAAACGGCCAUCAACGAGGAGGACCCGGAUAAGAUGCGCCUGCAGCCGAUCGGACGCGAUAAAGACGGUCAGAUGUACUGGUUCCAACUCGACCAGAGCGACAACGUGCGGCUGUACAUCGAGGAGCAGGACGACCUGGACGGAUCCUCCUGGAAGUGCAUCGUCAAAGACAGAAACGACCUGGCGGAGGUUGUUGCUCUUCUGAAAACACAGAUCGACCCCGCGCUGUUAAAAAGAGACGAGGAAAUUAAAGCUGCAGCUGAAGAGGGGAAAGAGAAAACAGACGGUGAAGUCAAAAAAAUCGAGGACUCUUCAGAUGAAGAUAUCAAAGACAAGGCUGCCGGUCAAGUCUCUCCGAAGACAGAGAAUAAUGAGAACGCAACAGAGAAUAAUGAGAAAGCAACAGAGAAAGACGACUUUAAAUCAGAAACGUCUCUGAAUGGCGUCAUCGAAGAAAAACCUGAAGCUGAGUUAAAUUCAGAAAAGCCCGCCUCGGAUCUCAGCAUCAUUACAAAAGUUGAGAAUAUCAAAGAGGAACCGAUGGAGGUGUCGGACACGAAAUCAAGCAACACGGCAACAAGUGAACCGGCCUCUGAGGUGCCUUGUUUAUCAGUGAAGGCAGAGAAAGGAGACGAGGCGAAGAAGACCGAGGAGAUUCAACAAGCUCUGAAGAACGACCAACAGGCUAAAAUCCCCCUGAAGAAAAGGGGAAUGAAGUUUAGCGAAGACUUUGAGAAACAUAGUGGGAUCAUAGUUCAAAACCCGUCUGUUUCUCAGCUCAAAGAAGCUCCCAAAGCCGACUCCAUUCUCGAUCAGAGCAAGAAAGCGCAGAGUGUAAACGAUCAUGUUAAUGGGGAAGUUGCGUCAGCGAAAAGCCAUUUGAGCGAGUCCCUAAAAGACGCCGCAUCCUGCUCUAAUCAUAAAGAGCAGGAACCAAUAAAAGCUACAAAAGACUCGUGUACAGAAGACAAAGCAUUGAAAGAAACUGAUAAAACAUUAGCGACUGGUGAGUCAGAGAAACACACGUCGAAAGAAGUUCAAUCAAAAGAUUUGGAGGAAAGAACAGCCAGUGUUGACGCAUCAAAGUCAAGUAAGGCUGAGGAAACCAAGACGAAGCCAACGGAAAGGAGUGAGGAUAAAGAAAAGGCGACUUGUGAAGCGAAUGUUGAGAAAUCGGAUAAAUCAGCGGAGAAAGAAAAGCAAGGGGUCAUUAAAACAUCAGACAAAGAUCAUGCAAAGAAAUCAGCUGAAUCGGAAAAGGCUGCAUCAACUUCAGUUGUGAAAAAUACAGAAAAACUCAAAGAAAGUGAUAAUGCGGAAAGUAAAGAAGCCACAAAAAGUCUUAAAAAGGCAGAAAUCAGUGACGAAUCAGAUACUGUGGAGUCUCCUGUUAUUAAAAAGCUUGACAAAUCGUGUAAACUUGGCGAAAAGCAAGAUGAAGACAAGAAGCAACAGAAAGCCUCUGAGACUGACACGGAAAAGCCUGAAGACGUGAAGAAAGCUGUCAACUGUGAAGACGUUCCGAUGCACGAUGUCUCCAAGAUAAGCGACUCCGUGGAGGUGGAAGCAGUGGCCGUAAAACCCGAUGUGACAAAGCCUCAGGAGGACGACAAAACUGAGAUUAACUCGGUUGCAUCUAAGGAGAAGAAAGGGGACACGUCUGCAUGGAAAGAUAAACCGUGCAGUGAUGUGGAGAAGAUUAACGUCCCUAAAGAAACUGAGAGAAUGGAUAAGGGAAAGAUGUCUGAAGAACAGGCUAAGAAAAUGGAGGCGGAGUGUCCGUCAUCAGGAAGUAAAAAGGAUGCAGACUUGGAAAAGAGAAAGGACACGGAGAUUAGAAAUAAAAAGGUCACGGAUUUGGAAAAGAUGACGGAAUCGGCACAGAAAAAGGACACAGACGAAGAAAUGAAAAUGGACACAGAUAUGGAAAAUAGAAAGGAAACUGGAAAGCAAAAAGACACAGAGUCCGAAAAUAAAAAGGACACCGACGUGGAAAAGAGAAAGGAGACAUACUUGGAAAAGAGAAAGGACACAGACUUGGAAAAGAGAAAGGACACAGACUUGGAAAAGAGAAAGGACACCAACUUGGAAAAGAGAAAGGACACAGACUUGGAAAAGAGAAAGGAGACAGACUUGGAAAAGAGAAAAGACACAGACUUGGAAAAGAGAAAGGAGACUGACACAGACAAGAAAAAGGACACAGACUUGGAAAAGAGAAAGGACACAGACUUGGAAAAGAGAAAAGACACAGACUUGGAAAAGAGAAAGGACACAGACUUGGAAAAGAGAAAAGACACAGACUUGGAAAAGAGAAAAAAGACUGACACAGACAAGAAAAAGGACACAGACUUGGAAAAGAGAAAGGACACAGACUUGGGAAAGAGAAAGGACACAGACUUGGAAAAGAGAAAGGAGAUAGACUUGGGGAAAAAAAAGGAUACAGACUUGGAAAAGAGAAAGGACACAGACUUGGAAAAGAGAAAGGACACAGACUUGGAAAAGAGAAAGGACACAGACUUGGAAAAGAGAAAGGAGACGGAAUCCGCAAAGAAAAUGGAGACAAACUUAGAAAAGAGAAAGGAGACUGACUUGGAAAAGAAAAAGGUCACAGACUUGGAAAAGAGAAAGGACACAGACUUGGAAAAGAAAAAGGAGACUGACACAGACAAGAAAAAGGACACAGACUUGGAAAACAGAAAGGACACGGACUUAGGAAAGAAAAAGGAGACGGACUUGGAAAAGAGAAAGGAGACUGACACAGACAAGAAAAAGGACACAGACUUGGAAAAGAGAAAGGAGACAGACUUGGAAAAGAAAAAGGAGACCGACUUGGAAAAGAGAAAGGAAACGGAAUCUGAAAAUAAAAAGGACACUGAAUUAAAGAAAAAGGAGACUGACACAGACAAGAAAAAGGACACGGACUUAGGAAAGAGAAAGGACACAGACUUGGAAAAGAGAAAGGACACAGACUUGGAAAAGAAAAAGGACACAGACUCGGGAAAGACACCGGAAACCGAAAAUAAAAAAGACAGCGAAUCCUCAACGGAAACGGAGAAAGCCAGCGACCCGAGCAAAGAACCGGAUACUGAAAAGCCGGCUGAGGAAGAAGGUAAAAGCGAUGAAGAUGACGAGGAGGCACCGAAAAAAGAGGUGGCGAACGGCAGAGGAACUCCGGCUUCACGACGAAGAUCGAAACGUCCGGCGCAUCGAAGGAAAGCCGUGCUGCAGAGAGCAGAGAGGCAGGAUUCAGAGUCGGAUACAAACACCGGGAUGUCUCUCCGAAGAUCUCCAAGGAUCUCAAGACCCACGUCUAAAGCGGUGGAGAUCCAGGAAAAGAAACCGGAGAAAUCUGCUCCACAGGCGGACAAGAGCGACGACGACGAAAAGGGCGAGAAAGCAAAAGACCAGGAAGAAGGAGAGGAGGAGGAGGAAGAGGAAGAGGAGAAAGCUGUUCAGAAGAAACCGAGGGAGAAGAAGCCCGAGCAGGAGGGUCAGACCAAACCUAAGGGGAGGAAGAGGCGGAGGGUCCGGUGGUCCAACACGAGAACGCGCCGUAAAAAGAAAGGCUCCGAAGACGAAGAGGAAAACAGCGAAGAGGAGUCGAGCGCCGAGGAGGACACUGAGGAAGAGGACGACAGCGACGAAGAUUACAAGGUGGAGCGACGCAAACGGAGACGCAAUCGAAACCGAGAGAGACGAGAAUCAGACACCUCGACCUCCUCAGACGACGAUUUACCUCCAAACGACGACCCCUGCAAACACUGCGGCCUCCCAAGCCAACCAGAGCUGAUCCUCCUGUGUGAUUCCUGUGACAGCGGAUACCACACGGCCUGUUUGAGACCGCCGCUCAUGAUCAUCCCCGAUGGAGAGUGGUUCUGUUCACCCUGUCAACACAAGCUGCUCUAUGAGAAGUUGGAGGAGCAGCUCCUGAACCUCGACGUUGCUCUGAAGAAGAAGGAACGAGCGGAGAGAAGGAAAGAGCGUCUCAUUUACGUUGGCAUCAGUCUUGAAAACAUCAUCACGCCCGGAGUAAGUACAGUGGAGGAGGAGAAGCCGGAGAUCAUCAUCAAAGAGAAGAAGGAGGCGAAGAAGAGUAAGAGCUGGGGACGAAGAUCUACCAGGACGAAGAAGUCCAUCAGCUACAGAUUUGAUGAAUUUGACGAGGCGAUCGAGGAGGCAAUCGAGGAAGACAUCAGAGAAGCGGAGGGCGGAGGAGCGGGUCGGGGGAAAGACAUGGCGAACAUCACGGGGCUCCGAGGGAAAGACAUGUCCGUCAUCCUGCAGGCGGACGAGGGGAAAGAGAACGGAGAAACGCCCCAACCCCCUGCUGGGCCGCGGAGGAAAAAACGCCGACGACUGAACGACCUCGACAGCGACAGCACCGUCGAGGAGGAGGAGAGCGAGGACGAGUUUCGCAUCAGUGAGAGCUCAGAGGAAGAGUUCGUGGCGUCAGAGAACGGCUCGGAGGCAGAAUCGGACUCUAGCAGCGGGAAAAAACGAACAUCGAAACGCAGGAAACCUCCGACUAAACGACGAAGAAGUGCCAGGAAACGAAGGAGACCGAAGGGAUACUCGGACGAUGAAGAGGAGGAGACGGACGAGGAAGAUGAAGACGAGAUGGCGACUGAGGGCUCGAGCGAGUACAGCGACAGCGAUCUGGACAUGAGUCGGCGGCGCUCUCGGAGGAGUAAGAAGGCUCAGGUGAACUACAGAGAGACGUCAGAGUCCGAGGCCUCGCAGGCGGAAACUAACCAGGCCAAAAUGAAACCCAGAGGACGCAUGAACAGCUCCAGCAGCGAGGCGAGUUCCUCCAAAGACUCGGAGGAGGAGUCGAAGGAGCCUCGGAGGAAGAGGAGAGGCGACUCUUCGUCGGAGGAGGAGAAAGGUUCAAAGCAGAAGCACCGGCGUAUCGCUCUGAAACGCAGACGAGCCUCCGAGGACGACGAGUCGGACGACGACUCUGACGCAUCGUCUUCAGAAGAGGAUCGACCCGUCCGGAAACGUGUGAACCGAAUCGACUCUGACGAUGACGAGGAGGAGGAAGAGGAGAAGAAGGAGGAGAAGGAGGAGAAGAAGGAGGAAGAGGAGAAACCGAAGGAGAAGAAAGCAGACGAGGAGACAAAGGGAACAGUGGACAGCACUCCAGUGGAUUUGCCGCCUACAAAUGGACAGAACGCGAUAAAAACCAUCGUCACGCCAACAGAGGCUCCAAAAAAUAUCACCGCGGGCGCCAUUGUCGCGCCGAACGGACAGGAAGUGGCGCCGCAGGAAGAAGACGAGGACGACCUGUUGGGAGUCACGGACCUCGUGGACUACGUCUGCAAUAGCGAAGAUUUGUAGAAAAGAAAAAAAGGUGUACUGUUUCAUUUUUUGUGGUAUUGUAUUUUUAUAUUUAACUUUAUUAUUCCCGCCAACACCAACAACACUUCCUCCUCUUCGUCCGCUUUUCAACAUCCGGACAUUUUUCUCUCCUGACUGUCACUGUGGGAUCAAACUGCAAAUAAGGGCACCGAACUUUUUAUUUUUUAAUAAUAAUGAUAAUCUGUUUUGACCCCCACGUCAUCCAGCUCCACUGCCUCUCAUUGCUCCGCUCGCAUCCUCACGGUUUUUUCAUUUCGUUGAAUCCAUGAUUUCUACAGAUUUUAUCUCCUGUUCUCUCGACGUCGACGUUGAUGGAAAAUUGGCACUGAAUUUGUUAAAUGUUGUAGGAAACAGAAUAUGCUAAACCACUGGGGCUUUUUAACGGUAUUAAAUAAGUCAUUCCACUAUUGAUUUUAAAGUUCUGGACAUUUGCUUCAAAAUUAAUCGUGGUUUUUGUUUUACAUCACAAGAAUAGUUUUCGACAUUUUGGGAAAAAUGUAAAACCUCAAAUGUCUGUUUGGCUAGUUAGCUUAGCACAAAUAUAUAUUUCAGAAUAAUCUAAUAUUGAUUUAUAAAUUUGUACAAUAAGAACAAGUUAAUAUCAAUAAUUAUAUGCAAAAAUAUAUUAGCAUUUAGUUUUAUGUUUCUACAAAAUAAACAGUGUAAAAACGUUGAUUUGCAGACAUAUCUUCCAAAAAAAUGCACGACUUUUUUACACGAUUUAUCGGAUAAAAUAAUAACAUGUUAAUUAUAAAGUUUUAGUUUCUGUUAAGGCAAAACUAGGCUAGCUGUUUCCCUCCGUUUCCAGUCAUUGUGCUAAGCUAGGCUAACCCACUGCAUUAAAAGCAUUAUAAUUCAAAUUCAGUUACAUAUAUAUAAAUAUCUAACUCGUGAAAUCAAAUAAGCAUAGUUCCCAAAAAGUCAAACUUUUGUUUCAAAUUAUUCUUGUUAAUUGUUGUAAAAGCUUUAAAUGAGACUAUUUAUUCUUACCGAACGACUUUAAGAAUAAGUAGUAGUAAAAACCAGGUUAGCUGUUUCCCUCCGUUUCCAGUCAUUGUGCUAAAAUAACCUAAGCUAACCCGCUGUAAUCUGACUUCCUGAAACCAGUCAGCAUAAUUCCCAAAAUGUCGAUUAUUGUGAACUAUUCUGGGGUGUUUUUUUUUCCUGUAAAAGCUUUAGAUAAGACUUUUUAUUCUUGUCGAAAACCUUCUAGACUAUGAAGUAGUCGUCCAACCCUUCUGUUGAAUCGUAGAGUAGCUUUUGUAUAACAUAUAUCAUGAUUUGAAUUCUGUGCGCUGCCAUCAGAAAAUGUCAAACUCGUCCCUCCUUAUCUUGAGCUAGUUAUUACACAUAAUGUUUUUUUUUAAUAAUGUAUGUUUUUGUAUAUCGAAACGUUCAUUUCUUGUUGUCUGAGCGAAUGUAGUGUCUUGUUGUUUUUGUACAAUGUCCUUCACAAAGGUUUAAAACCUGCAGACUUUUUAAAACACUAAGCUUAAGAAAAACAGCCCUUUUUCCACUUUUUUAUUUGAUCUUCUGGUCCUUAUUCUUCUCUUGGGUCUUCCUGUGUUUCCGUUCACAUCCUCCAUCGGUCGUCAUCUUGCAGACAUUUCAAUUCAAAUUUAAAAAAAAAGCUCAUUUCUUUUUGAUUGAUGGUCGGGAUGCAGUUUUAAAACGAGGGGAAAUGGACAGAAAAGCCAAUGACUUCACUGACCUCUGCUGGAACCAGUCUGUGUGUAUAUCUGUAGUUUCUUGCUGUAAAAUAUUUAGAGGCAUUUUUUUUAAUCAUGGAAAAUAUAUUGGGCAAUUCUUUGGGAUUGCAUGUUUCUAUUAGUUUUCUUUUUGUAGGGGAAGUAACUUUUGUUUUGUACCAGAAAAGCACGUUUUAAAGGAUCUGUUGAAGGACUUUUAAAGCAGAAAUAAUUCAGAAGUAAGCAUGCGCUGACCUACUAAAGGCAUGUUACACAAGCUUUGGGUGGAGAGGAGGGAUUAUAGGGAAUAAUCUAGGACGCCGAAAUCUGAUUUUAACCGCGGAAACGGAGCGUGUUUGUAAAAUAUUUUGUAAAUUAGUCUCAGCAUGGUCUUCACAGAGGAAAAACCACUCUAUUUAUCAUACCGUUUUGAUACCAGCGGCCAAAAAAACAUGACUUUCCCCAGACAGAAAACACAUAUACACAAAUAUUUAGCUUCUAGAUUUAGCUGGACAGAGUAUAGAAAAUGUAAAAAAGUGUCAAAGGAAAUGUCUCUACUGUGUUCUGUACGUAACCCCGUUUUGAAAGAAGCCUCCACAGAGAAAAAGGAGUGUUCAUAAUAAUAAUGAUGUAUCUCACGGUUAUAAAAUAACCUGUAGCAAGACCUGCAUCGGAGCGAGAUGAAUAAUAAAAGUCUGGGAUUAAAGAGGGUGCCAAUGACUGAAGUGUUAACGGAGUUCACUAUUUACCUCAUGAUGAAUCUGGGAGGAAAGUGUUAGACGCUCGUAGACGCUGGUUGGUGUUUGUCUGCUCCUUUUUGUUAAUUUUACUGUUAUUUCAUAUGAAUCUGAUCUUGUACAUUUGUCAUAAUAAAAUGGGUUUCGAGCCUCA